AAAACUAUGCAGAACGCCUGUAAAAACCAUGAUUCCACCAGGCGGGGAUGGUUGGCCGAGAAGCCCCGGAGGUUCUUCGAGUAACUGCAGAGCAGAGCCUAGAACGGCCAUGAGCAUCCCGAGAUCCGCUGGACCAAGGCCCUGACCUAGCGCACGAGAUAACGGUGGAGCUCUACGGUCCGACCCUGGAAACUCAGAAAGAAUUUGGGAAAGUAACAAACAAAGUACAGAAUCUGAAAGAAGGCUUUGGGUAACAGGAGUUCUGCUUAACAGGGCAAACCAAUUCCACCACCAUGAGUUGGAGCUUCCUGACCCGCCUGCUAGAGGAGAUCCACAACCACUCGACAUUUGUAGGGAAGAUCUGGCUCACUGUGCUGAUUGUCUUUCGAAUUGUCCUGACUGCUGUAGGAGGAGAGUCCAUCUACUAUGAUGAGCAAAGCAAGUUUGUGUGCAACACAGAGCAGCCAGGCUGUGAGAAUGUCUGCUAUGACGCCUUUGCCCCGCUCUCCCACGUGCGCUUCUGGGUGUUCCAGAUCAUCCUGGUAGCCACUCCCUCUGUGAUGUACCUGGGAUAUGCUAUUCAUAAGAUUGCCAAAAUGGAGCAUGGUGAGGCAGACAAGAAGGCAGCUCGGAGCAAGCCCUAUGCCAUGCGCUGGAAACAGCACCGGGCUCUGGAAGAAACAGAAGAGGACCAUGAAGAGGAUCCUAUGAUGUAUCCAGAGAUGGAGUUAGAAAGCGAAAAAGAAAAUAAAGAGCAGAGCCAACCAAAACCUAAGCAUGAUGGCCGACGACGAAUUCGAGAGGAUGGGCUCAUGAAAAUCUAUGUGCUGCAGCUGCUGGCCAGGACUGUGUUUGAGGUGGGCUUUCUAAUAGGGCAGUAUUUCCUGUAUGGCUUCCAAGUCCACCCAUUUUAUGUGUGCAGCAGACUUCCUUGCCCUCAUAAGAUAGACUGCUUUAUUUCUAGACCCACUGAAAAGACCAUCUUCCUUCUGAUAAUGUAUGGUGUCACAGGCCUCUGCCUAUUGCUUAACAUUUGGGAGAUGCUUCAUUUAGGGUUUGGGACCAUUCGAGACUCACUAAACAGUAAAAGGAGGGAACUUGAUGAUCCGGGUGCUUAUAAUUAUCCCUUCACUUGGAAUACACCAUCUGCUCCCCCUGGCUAUAACAUUGCUGUCAAACCAGAUCAGAUCCAGUACACUGAGUUGUCCAAUGCUAAGAUUGCCUACAAGCAAAACAAAGCCAAUAUCGCCCAGGAACAGCAGUACAGCAGCCACGAGGAGCACCUCCCGGCUGACCUGGAGACACUGCAGCGGGAGAUCAGAAUGGCUCAGGAACGCUUGGAUCUAGCAAUCCAGGCCUACCAUCACCAAAACAACCCCCAUGGUCCUCGGGAAAAGAAGGCCAAAGUGGGGUCCAAAUCUGGGUCCAACAAAAGCAGUAUUAGUAGCAAAUCAGGGGAUGGGAAGACCUCCGUCUGGAUUUAAUCUUGGUUGGGCUUAGAACUUGGGUUUUCAUAGUUUAUGGUAAGCAGCAACUUGCUGAAUAAUGACUUCCAUUGAGUAAACAUUUGGCUCUGGUUAUCUUCAGGGAUGCUGUUGGCUCAUGAUCCAAACUCAGGGGACUCUGAAGGUGGAGCUGGGAUGAGUCGGGAGAGGGAAACACAGUGUUCCCAGGCACACGUUCUCAGCAAUAAUGCAGUUGCAGAACUUUAAGUUUGUGUCUUCCAGAUCCAGAGAAGAACAGAUAUAUUUAAAUCAUUCUUGUUGAACAGUUUUUGUAUGUACAGUAUUAUGGUACAUUUUUUUUUAGUAUAACUUUUUUUUGUAUUUGUACAUUGGACUGCUGUAGUUACACUUUUUUAUAUUAAAGGAAAAAAAUCCUUGUAAA